CAACUACGAUCAGUAUUGGUAGAAUACUAUUACUACAGUUCGUAUAAACACAGUUCAGGGCGCAAGCUACGCAUGGCAUGGGGGAGCUUGCGAGCCAUACACCCAACGGACACCCUAGCUUUCAAACAGUCGUCCGGAUUGCGUGGGUGCCUCGAGUUCGUUCGAUGCCGUACAAGCUACGGAGGCAAUUUUUGUGCGCGUCGCACAUGUUAACGUACCACGGGAAGCAAUGACAUGGAGAAAGAUGGAUGGAAAUGAAAAUACGACUGAUCUCCGCGAUUAUUGAGCGAUUUUCAUAGCACGGCCGUUCAAAAAGGCACGUUGUCGUUUCGCGUCGAGCUCGUGACCGCGACAGAUUCGCGCUCUUAAAUAUACAAUAUCGCUGCAUGAUUGCAACUUGGUGAGGAACUUGAAGAAACUUGAAUGAGUUUUGAUAUAACUAACAUAUACAUCGUGUGAGUCACUGUGAUAGAAUCCCGGACAGUAAACGAUGAUCAGUAACGAAGCAAACAAGAUCUCAGAAAAUUAGCGCGUGCAAAAACCGAUAAUCUUUAAUUGAAAUAUUCUCUCUGAUGACAAAUAAAGUUGCCAUUGGUGAAACGAAGUGAGCCGGGAAAUCGUUAGAUUUCAAGCGGUCGACGAGAAGGCACUUAAUGUUAGAUCAAUCCAUACAGAAAUUAUUGUUGAAGUAGAGUAUCAAAGGAAAAAUCAGGGUCAGCCGGUUAGUUGCUACUCGCGAUGGAACGGAAGCAAAAGCGUCGCCUGAUACCGGAACAGAAUUGGCGAAUAUGUGGCAUCAUUUGCCUCUGUCAAUUCACUUUUGUCAUCAGCUGCGUGGCGUUGGUCUAUCUGAGCGUGGCGAUCUACAUGCCGUCCCACAGAGCCUUUCACGCGGGAAUCGAUCCGGAUCCGGUCAUGUGCCAAACCGUUGAUACCGCCUCAACUAAUAAUUGUGGUUGGGCGAGUUGCGGGGAAUGGUGCUUGACGAAAACAAGCGGAUUUUGCCCUCAGAUUCACGCAACUGUCAGAAGAAAUGGGACCGACAUUGUUUUCGAGAACUGCACGAAAUUUGGCAGUAUAUCUUGUCCACAGGUAAAUGUGAAAUCUCUGAAAAAGUUCAAUUGCAACAAUGGUAGCGAGUGCAGCGCGCUUUCGGGGGUGUUUAACUGCAGUCUUGGUCACUGUGCCAAUAUAAGCGAGCUGAUGCUAUGCCAUUACAAGGCCGACGGCAUUGUCGUGGACACGGAGAAGGACAACAUGAAACUGAACGGGUUCUUCAGCUGUCAUAAUUCUACGAAAUGCACGAAAAUCAAAAGUCCGUUCAGCUGCGAUCGUUAUUGUCCUAAGAUCACCACGCAUAACGUUAACGUGUUCCUCAUGCAAGACAACAACGUAAUCGCUGCGAAAUGCAAAAGUGGUUUUACGCUGAACAAAGCUAACGGAAAUCUUCCCGGGGAACGGCUAACUACGUCUGUCAAAAUUUGGGACGAGCAAAACAAAACAAUCGUUGCCAGCUGUUUAGUAGUCAACAGACAAAGGGAUAUUAUAAGAACGCAGGAUUGCGUGAACGGUACUUUGUUAAAGGAUAUUCCGGUGCCGGAACCGUCUAUCAACUUUACGAGCUUUUUGAAAAUAUAUGAGAAGAGUUUGCAAUAUCCGAUUGAUCCAACGAACGCCUACGUGCCAGCGCAACGAUCGCUCACGAUCUACAAUAGUUCACGUCUUUAUAUCAAUCUCGAAGGUUGCGUCAAUACCUUGAAGGGAGAGUGCAAAGAAUUCCUCGCGACUCACGGUCGGGACGGCUACCUGAUUUUACUAUGUGGUUAUUCACGUUACUAGAUAUAUUUUAAUUGCAAUACAAAUAAUUCGUUCUUCGUCGUGGCACGAUUCGACCUGAACAAGACACGAACGGAAUUGCUGAUCGCGAUCAUCGUGCCAUCGAGCCUGUUCGUCAUCAGCUUAACAACGCUCGUGAUCAUAUCGCGAUCGGUGCAGGUCGGCGACGACGCGAAAAUGCGUUGCCGUUACUGUACCGACAAGCAGGAGGCCGAGGGCGAAGGCGAAGUACUCGUCGAGGCUACACCCUCAGCGUCCCAGAAUCAGAUGAGCGAGAAUGAAAUCAAGAAUCUGGCGCUUUAGCAGUUUAAGUCACUCGGGAUGGGCAGCGUCCUGCGUUACGAGAGGCUACCUUUCAUGGACACCGACGAAGCCGAAGAUUCAUUCUGAACGGGUAUAUUAAUCAUUCAUAUUAAAAUUUUUAUGUAUUCCAUCGAUGUAGCUUUGAUUACUAACGACGUUCCGCGUUUCCCGCGGUGAGAGAUCGAUUGUGAAAACCAAAAAGAACGUUACUAUAUGUAAUGUGCAUAUACUAUUUAAUUGUUACAUGGUGAUUGGAAGAUGGUAAAAAAUAAAUGACGUUCAAUGUUUUUGGGAUAACGAGAAUAGUGUGCAACGUGUAUAAUUUAUUUCUAUUCUCAAACGUGAUAAACCAAUGUUCGAAUAUAAAUUGUACUUAAUUGUGCAAACGCUUCAGCUGUACAGCACCGUUUACGAGAAUGAACGAAUGCUUUCUAGCUCAUUUAAUACCAUUUGCAUCGAGCUAAGAGAAUGCGGGAUACCAUUGGAUAUUCCAUGUAAAUUUACAUGCGCUGUUUUGCACGAUGGAUCGAAUCAGAGGUUGAAAAAGUUAACCGAAAUGCAGAAUUGAAAAAUAACAGUUAUAUAAUCGAUAUAAGAUCGAUUCCGAAGAACUAAAAAACAAAACCGCUAUAUCUAAUAACAGUUAUGGUAUAUUUUCAAUUCUCGAUAAUUGUUUCACGAACUGGAACUGAUAUCUUAACUGUUUUGGACCCCUGGAUCGAAUAGAGAAUGGUAAGAGUAAUUCAAUAAAAAAGACGUGAAAGAAAAUAUGAAGACUGAUUUUUCUGAUUAUCGCAAUCGUUUUUAUUACGCGUAUAAAUAAAUUAAUAGAUUUCUGAUCGAGAAUUGGCAAAUGCUAUGACGAAUCAUAACAUUUGUUCUUUUCAUACAUUUUCUGCAAGAACGCACGAUAACUCUGUUCGAACUGAAUAUUUGAUUGUUUUUAUUAUUGUUCGGUCCUCGUAAGAAUAUAACAUUCUGAUGGAAG